AUGUGGAAGGGAAUAAUUCCAUAUGCCCUUGACCAUCACGUUGGUACUGUUCAGGGCGUCGCGGCGGUGGAGGACGCGCCACGACACUUCCUCGCGCGGCGUCCCGCGAUCAGCAAGCACGCGGCCAACGUCGCCCUCGAGGGCUUCCGCGUGAAGCGCGCCGCCGCGUUCGGUGGCGCCACCUGCGUGUCGUACGUCGCGCCGCGCUCGCCGCAUCCCUACAACGAGACGAGCUUUGCGUGCGGCGCGGGCGCGCGACUCGCCGACGACAAGGUGGUGCAAGCAUCGAUCGAGCUACCGGCGACGAUAUUCCAAGCGGCCGGUGCGUCGGCGGCGGCGGCGGCCGGCGGCCAGUCGUUCAAGGUGCAGUUCAUCGUCUACAGGAACGCGAAGCUGUUUCCGCUGACGAACACGAGUCAGCACGCGGCGGACAAGCUGGUGACGACGAGCGUCAUCUCUAGCAGGAUAGUGGAUCUGGAUGAGGUGACGACCACACUCGAGCAGCCGGUGACCGUACAGCUGCGCAUGCCCCUCUACACGGAGAAUGCCACCGCUGUCUACUGGAACUCCUCUGCUAACGGUGGCUACGGUGACUGGGAGACGGAUGGCUGUGAGAUCACAGGCCAGGACGGCAACCUCAGCAUCAUACACUGCACACACCUCACCGACUUCGCAAUCUUACAGUGUAUAGAAGUCUGGUUUAUGAGAAAAGGGUUCAAUAGAGACUAA